AUGACGUCCGUCGCGCCUCAGAUCAAGAAACAAGUGGAGUUCUACUUCUCGGACAGCAACUUCCGUCGCGACCGCUUCUUGCAGGAAGAGACCAAGAAGCACGAGGGCGGCUUCGUGCCUUUCACUGUGCUCUUUACGUUCAAGAAACUCGCAGCGCUGACGGUGGACAGCGCCGUGCUCCAAGCGGCCAUCUCGGACUCGGACGUGGUCGAGCUCAAUGAGUCCAACGACGCCCUCCGUCGCAAGAACCCGCUGCCCGAAGAAGACGACGCGUUCAAGCGCACUGUCGUGCUCGCUGGGUUGGGCAAGACAACGCCUACGGUCGACGAGAUCAAAGAAGGGCUCCAGGCCCUCGACGUCGAGUGUCUCUACAUCGACCGCAAGAGCUUCCGCCGUAAAUUCGCUGGUGUUGUGCACAUUGAGUUCAAGGACGAGGCCGCCGUGCAGCAGGUUGUCGAGUCGGCGGCGUCGCUUCGGAUCAACGGGUGCGUGCCGAACGGUAUCGCUAUGGUCGACUACCAAAAGCUGUCGGACGACGACAAGGUCGAGUUUGACAAGGCCACGAACGCCAUGCUCGUGGCCAAAGACGUGCCGAACAAGCCCACGACUUUCUUUCUCGACGAGCUGCUUCCCAUUUGGAAGGACGACGCGAAACUGCGUGCCCGGGUGCGGUACUUUGAAGAGUCUGGUGAGCUGUACUUGCUCUUCACGCAGGUCUCGUCUGCCGAGACCGUGCAAAAGCUGUUGGCGGACGACAAGCCAGUCGUCGUGGAUGGACAGAAGCUGACGUUUGAGCUUGUGACGGACAAGGACGCGAUCAAGGCGCGUCCGCGCAUCGUGAACAAGAAGCGCCAACGUGAACCUGUGAAGGUGAUCCACAUUUCAAACAUUGGUCCCCGGACGCGUCUCGAUGACGUGAAGCAGUUCGUUGCUGGUGUCAUGGACUCUUCGACCCAGUCGCCGUACAUUGAGUACGAUGGCCUCGACACUGCGUCGUUCAAGGUCAAUGUUGCUGAGGCAGCAUCCGUGUUUGAAAAGUUUUCAUCGCUUGCAGAGGCCGAGUUGGGUGGCAAGAAGGUCUCGUUUCACCUUCUGGAGCUUGACGAAGAGCUGAAGGUCGAUGUCCAGUACGACGAGGGACUCAUUGUGCGUUUCGACGGCAUUGACGGCGAGAUUCCACGUGACGAUAUCAAGAAUGCUGUAAAUGAAAAGCUUGGCGACAAAGCGACCGACGGCGAAGGUGUUGCAUUUAUCAAGUACCAGAUCAACGAUAAAGAUGGCUACCUCCGUGUCACCAGUGCUGCCCUUGCGAAGGAGGUGGUGGACAUGUUUGCGGACGGUGGACUGGAAGUGAAUGGGGUGAAGAUUCCGAGCGCUGCUAUCAUUGAAGGCGAAGAGGAGAAGAAGUUCUGGGAAGAUGCUCGCUCGGCCCGGUACAAGCGCUUCAAGCAAACACAGUCGAACCGUAGCCAGUUUCAGCGUGGAGGUCGUGGGGGUCGUGGUGGACGUGGCGGCCGCGGUGGUCGUGGUGGUCGCGGCGGUCGUCGCCACUAG